CUUGUCGCGAGGUCUCGUGACUGGGCAGCGGCCGCGCCAUGGAGCAGCUCCGCGCCUGGCGGAGCCGCGUCGGGGCCGAGCUGGACGCGGCCGUGGCGUUCUGGGAGCGGCACUCGCACGACCCCGAGCACGGGGGUUUCUUCUCCUGCCUGAGCCGCGACGGUUCCGUCUACGACGACACCAAAUUCGUGUGGCUGCAGGGCCGCCAGAUCUGGGUCUACUCCCGCCUGUACCGGAGCGUGCCCCGGUUCCGCCGGCCCGAGCUGCUGGAGGCGGCGCGGAAAGCCGGGGAGUUCCUGCAGAGCCACGUGCGGCCGCACCCGGGCUCGUCCCGCGCCGCCUUCGCGCUGAGCCGGGCCGGGAGCCCCGAGCGGCUCCAGCGCAGCUUCUACAGCGAAGCGUUCUGCGCGCUGGGGCUGGACGAGCUGGGGCGGGCGGCGGGGGAGCCGCGCUACCGGGCCUGGGGCCGGCAGUGGGCUCUGGCCGUGUGGGGCUGGGCCCGGGGGGCUCCCAUGGAACUGGGGCGCCCCCGGUUCUCGGGGACCCCCCCCCAGCAGGCGCUGGCCCAGCCCAUGAUGGUGCUGAAGGUGGGGCUGCAGCUCUGGGGGGACCCCAAGAGGGACCCCCAAAGUGAGCCCGACCCCGAGGCCGAGGCCAUGGCGGAGUGGGGGGCGCGGCGCAUCCUGAUGCACCUGCAGCGGGGGGAUUCGGUGGUGCUGGAGAACGUCACCCCCGAGGGGGAGGAGCUGCCGGGGAGCCUCGGGCGCCUCAUGAACCCCGGUCACGCCCUGGAGGCGGCCUGGCUGCUGCUGGAGUUCGCGGGGCGCCGGGGGGACGCGGAGCUGGGGGCUCGGGCCGUGGCCGCGCUGGUGGAGGGACCCCUGAAAUGGGGCUGGGACCCCCAGCACGGGGGGCUCUUCGCCUUCCUGGACGCCGACGGGCACUGCCCCACGCAGCUGGAGUGGUCCAUGAAGCUGUGGUGGCCCCACGCCGAGGCCAUGGUUGCCCUCCUGGCUGCCCAGCGCUUCCAGCCCCGGCCCAGUUUGAUCUCCCAGUUCCUGCAGCUGGCCCAGUACACCUUCGAUAAGUUCCGAGACCCCGAGCACGGGGAGUGGUUCGGGUACCUGAACCGCGACGGCUCCGUGGCGCUCUCCAUCAAGGGGGGGCCCUACAAAGGCUGUUUCCACGUGGCGCGGGCGCUGCUGAUGUGUGAGGAGAUGCUGGACGCCAUCUUGGACGGGGAGGACGCCCCCCAAUAAAUUUGGGAUUUGGGGACCCACCUAAUAAAUUUGGGGAACCUCCCAAAAUUUUAGGACUCCCCCCCCCGAAUUAAGUUGAGACGUCCCUCCCCCCCAAUAUCCCCCGAAAAGGCGGAACCCCCAAAAAUUCAAAUAAAAGCAAAAACCCACAAUGAA